UUUAAUUCACUUUCCCUUUGGGGUGUUUUACUAUUACUUUCUGUUGAUUUUAUUUGUGGAGGAACCGAUUAUUAUCAAAUUCUGGGCGUUCCUCGCUCAGCAUCACAACGGGAAAUUAAAAAACAGUACAAACAAUUAUCAAAAAAAUACCACCCCGAUAAGAAUCCUGGGGAUAAAGAAGCGGAACAAAAGUUCGUUCAGCUAGCUGAAGCAUAUGUAGUAUUAUCAGACGAGAAUAAACGUUCGAUCUAUGAUAAGUACGGUGAGGAAGGGUUAAAACAACACGGCUCCGGCGGUACAAAUUUUCAUAAUCCGUUUGAUAUCUUUGCUAAAUUCUUUGGUGGAUCGGGACACUUUGGUGAUUCUCAUUCGCAGACUGAGCGCCAAGGACCAAAUAUA